AUGGAACAAAUGGGGAAAAAACCAGCCAGCCCGUCUCGAAGCGUGACGAAGCUGCAGACAAAAUCCCCCAAGGCCGAAGAACUGGACAAAAGCUUCCGAGAUGCUGCGCAGAGUUCGGCCGGAGCUGGGAACAGAGUGCGUCCGAGGCUUGGCCGGAAGGUCUCGAAGAUGGCGGAGCUGGAGCAGGCUGCGGUGGCAAUGGCAGAGAGCCUAGAAUUGGAGGCUUACAAACUGGACGUUUCCAUGGAGCUUAAACUCGCCACAGAGAUAACUGGCGACCUGAAUCUAAUCUGCAAGGAAGGUGCAAAAGUCCCGGCGCAUUCUGCCGUUCUGGCCAGCUUUCCCUACUUCGAAGCAAAGCUGAAAGAAGACUGGUCAGGACCCGGUUGGAACCUCAACAAGAAGCUGGACCUCCAUCUUCCCUGCGCGGUGAACAAAGAAGUAAUUCAGGCUUUCCUCAAAUAUGCAUUUGGAGACGUCUGGUCUUUGACGCAGCUCGAGUCAUCUGACGCCACGAUACUACAGGACCUGUUCUCUCUGGGUGAAGCUUGCGGCUUGCCUACCCUGUGCUCAGCCAUCUCAGAACAGUUGCUCGUGACGGCGCCAUCCGCGUCCUCGUGGCUCGAGUGGCUGUCACAGGAGCAUGGAUACGACGUCAGCAAAAUCCGUGAGAAGGUCAAGCAGGCAGUCAAGAAGAGGUUCCGGACGGACGACUUGUGGGAUGGCUUGACCGUAGAGCAGCUGCAGAGCCUCGAGGAGGUCGCAAAGAAGCUGAAGCCGGCAUGAAGCUGACAAAGUGUUGCCACAGAGCGUCCAUUUACAGCAAUGAGGUUGCUGAGACUCUGGAAGCGUGCCAGCUGUUCGUGCAAUCAACUGCGUUUCGCGUCCGAUCGGCGCCGGGAAUGCAUCUGCAUACAGCCUCUUCAUUCUGCUUAAUUCAAGAGAAAGACUCCAAGGGAUUCAGUCAAAGCUUUUGGAUAGCACUGUAUACCAAUUCGCAACGCGCGCCACAUACAGCGCAGCUAGCCUGUAUAUCUGUCAACUUGGUUGGGACAAUCUUGCAACGCAUCGGACACAAGCUCUAUAAUUGAUCAUGCAUCGGCCGCAGACCCGCGAUCUCACCA